GUCUCCGAUACAAGUGCGAGAGCUAGAGGAAGACACGUCCGAGCAGGGUGGCCAGGACGUGCAAGAGAACUAUGAACAUAUGCUGGAACGGCUGCUGCAACAAACACAAGAGAAAGUCAGACAAGGGUUUGCGCCGAAAGAGUUGGACUUGGCACGAUCGCUCGUGAAGUCAAUGGGAAUGACGGCCCAAGGCCAGCAGUUGGCGAUGGCCGAGGCCGUGAAAGACCAGAAUGAAGAGACUAUUGAACAACAGCUUCUGGAAGCAGAGAAGACAGGUGCCGCUGAGCAAGAGAUGAAGACAAGCCAAAGGAGUCCAACGACUGAGCCAGAGGCCGCUGGCGAGAACUAUAAAGACACCCUCAAAUGGCUGCUGCAUGAAGCUAAGAAGGAAGGCCUCGCCGAGAAAGAGCUGGAGAUGGCAAGAUCACUGCUCCAGUCCAUCGAAAGGCCAAAGGAACUGCAAGAGCCAGAGAAUGAAGACACGCCACUCAUUGACUUGCUGGGUGGACAGGAUGAAAUCAAGAAGUGCCGACUGAUGUCACAAAAGAUUGGACAGCUAGUCCAAGACAUGGUGAGAGAAGGCGAGGCAGCUGCCCAACAGCCCUACAUCUAUCAGGGAAUGGGCCUGGAGCAUAUGCUGGAGCUGGCGACGGGCUUCAAAAAGACCUUUGACUCACUGUGUCACAAGCUGGCCGAAAAGGUGCAAGGGAAAGAGGAGUUUGGAGGAUGGAAAGUCUCCUACAUGGAUGCCCCAAUCAAGUCAAAGGCAUCGGCAGAAAGCAAAGUGAACACCGAAUAUCACGGCGACUGUCGACAACUGAAGGACGUGGUGCGGGGCACUCUGGUCAUUGAUGGUAACGUUGACACAACAUCCAUCGAGACCGUCUACAAGCUCCUGGAACAGCUGGUGAAGAGCGAGGAACUUCUUCGUGAUGCGAACGCGCGGUUCACACGCUUCUCCGAUCGUUACCAGAAUCCUGUUGGGCCAAGCCAGUAUCGGGACUUUUUGUUCCUGCUGAAGAUUGGUGAUUUCCUUUGUGAGCUGCAGAUGGCUCACCUCUUCAAGAGAAGGUCAACUUCAAAAAGGCCAUUGACGUAA